AUGGAUGCACAAUGUUCAACUGAUGACGGUGUCUCUUACCACGGAGCCCUUGGAAGCCCUAGAGAAUUUCCGGACGUCUGGAAUGAGUUGCGACAGAAUGACCAGUUGUGCGAUGGAGUUAUUCGAUGUCGAGAUGGACGAAUUAUUAAGAUUCAUCGAGCAAUAUUAUCGGCUGUUAGUCCAUAUUUCAGAGCAAUUUUCACCAACAGUCUUCGAAGUGGUUGCAAAGAAGAAACUCAAGUUAGCGUAGAUAUAGACGUUGAGUUAUUAUCUUCAAUUUUAGAUUUUGCUUACACUGGAACUUGCACGAUCAAUUCGGAAAACGUGGAGGCACUUUUGCCAGCUGCAGAUCAAUAUGAGGUCCUUGGCGUAAUCCAAUUGUGCUGCAAUUUUUUAAGUAAAGAACUUCGGAUAGACAAUUGCCUUGGAAUUCUUCGAUUUGCCAAACACUAUUUUUGCCGAGAUUUAGAGUAUAACUCCAUGCACUUUGCACUGGUAAAUUUCAAGACAGUUAUGCAUGAAAGUCCGGAAUAUCGACACCUUCAGUUUCAGGAAUUAAGUGCAUUAUUGCGAGAUGAUGAGUUAAACGUUCGAACUGAAGAAAUCGUUUUUGAAGCCAUCAAAACUUGGACCGACUACGAUAGGGAAAAUCGAGCCCAAUAUGUACCCGAACUUUUAACUACCGUGAGAUUUGGACUGAUGACCUAUAAAUUUUUUACAUCUGAUGUGCUUAGAUGGGAGGUUAUAAACACUAGUACAAAAUGCCUAGAUGCACUUUAUCCAGCAUCCAUGUUCUUGACGCAAACGAGUUCCAAAGCUGAAGGUGGUGAGACAGAUCUUAAUGAUCCUCUGGCUCGACCAAGAAUACCUCAUGAGGUUUUAUUUGCUAUUGGCGGCUGGAGUGCAGGAAGUCCAACCAGCUUUGUUGAAACGUAUGAUACAAGGGCUGACAAAUGGUUUCUAUCGGUGAACACAGAUCUGACUCCUCGUGCAUAUCAUGGUGUAUGUGCCCUUAAUAAUCUUAUUUAUAUGGUCGGUGGUUUUGAUGGCAAUGAGCAUUUCAAUACAGUUCGGUGUUACAAUCCAUUGACCAAAGUUUGGCAAGAAAGGGCCUGCAUGUAUCACGCUCGGUGUUACGUUAGCGUUGUUGCUCAUGAUGGUUGGGUAUAUGCAUUAGGUGGCUACAAUGGACGCAAUCGUAUGUGCUCCGCUGAACGCUAUGAUCCCACCAGGAACCAAUGGGAAAUGGUGACUCCAAUGAAUAAGCAAAGAUCAGAUGCGAGCGCUGCCUCACUUAAAAAUAAGAUUUACAUUGUCGGAGGUUUCAAUGGACAAGAGGUACUAGUGUCUGGCGAAGUUUACGAUCCCUCUACUUUGCAGUGGACGUACAUACCACAAAUGAACAAUCCCAGAUCUGGCGUGAGUUUAGUAGCACACAAAGACACUCUAUACGCUCUUGGUGGUUUUAGUGGUUUUACAAGACUAAAUUCUGCUGAAAAAUAUUGUCCUGAUAGUGUGAACGAAUGGUGUGCUAUAGCCGAUAUGUAUAGUCCACGAAGUAACUUUGCAGCUGUUGUACUCGAUGGAAUGAUAUUUGCCAUUGGGGGGUUCAACGGUACAACUACAAUAUCAUACGUCGAAGUAUACGAUCCAGAAACCAAUGACUGGUUCGACUGCACCAGUAUGAACCUGAAUCGUUCUGCACUGAGUGCUUGCGUCUUAAGUGGACUUCCAAAUACUCGUGAAUAUUCUUAUCUGUCCAAAUCUCUAGAGCAUGAACAAGGAGGCGGUGGAGCAAGGUGCCAAAUGGAAGAAGCUUGA